ACGUCGUGCACAAGAGCGGACACGAGCAGUGCUGUGACAAUUUUAUAUAUAUGUUACCCGCUCGCUACAUUCGGUGAAGGCUGCAGGUCACAUAUGUACGCAUACGUACGUAUACAUACGUGAUACGUAUGCGCUGUGCGCGCAUAAAACGGUGUAGGGACAUAUACGCACGCGAUAGACGUACACGCGCGCGUGUGCACUCUUUCUUUCUCUUUCUUCCUUUCUGUCCGUCUUCCUUCACGUCUCUCUCCGCGCUUACUCCUGGCUCACUCGCUCUCACUCUCUCUCUCUCUCUCUCUCUCUCUUUCUCUCUCUCUCUUUCUCUCUCUCUGCCGCGCCACGGAGCAGAGGGAGGCGGCGGGUUCGGUGAGGAGGUAGUGGAGCGAGUGCGAAAGACGAGUGAACGUGAGCGAGUGCGAGCGAGCGAGCGCAAGUCGGGAAGCAGAGCGCGAGCGUGAGCGGUAGAGCGGCGGCGAGUGUGUGUCGGCAUAGAGCGAGCGAGCGAGCGAGCGAGCUAGGCGAGAGUGCGUGCGGUGGUGGUGGUGUGACGACUGGUGCCGUGGACGGACGGACGGACGGGUCGGUCGGUCGGUCGGUCGGUCGGCGGUCGGUCUGUGGUGUGUGGAAGGACGAAGGAAGGAAGGAAGGAAGAAAAACGGGAAGGAAGUGUGCAAAAUUCGCAAGUGCGCGCGUGCCGGCGGCGGUGAGAGAGAGAGAAGAGGAAUACGUUGGGGAUUUGUGUGAGGGCAUAGCUCGCUGGUGGCGAUUCGAAAAAGGGAGAUUAUCGUCGUCGCCGCCGUUGUCUCGAAAGAGUCUCGCGCGCGCCUUCACGGACCAGUGUGUCGUUGGGAUCUCUAUCUGUCUCGUUCUUUUUUCCGUGUUCACACAUACACACACACACACAUACACACACACACAUAUAUACACGCAUCCAUACAUACCACACAUUCUCUCUGUCUCCCUUUAUCUCUCUCUCUCUCUUUCUCUCUCUCCCCCUCACUCUCCGAUCGCCGGGGGGCCUGCCGCCGCGAGGACGUCGAAGGAACGACGACGUGUGGAAGUUUAACCGGGAGAAGAGGAGCGUUUCGUGAGGAGCACAAUGUCCGACCGAGAGAGCCUGGACGAUCAACCACAAAAAUAUGGAAACCCAAGCGGUAUGGAUGCUGGAGGUGCUGAUUUUGAUUCUGGUCAGCAAGGCCAGCAGAGCGAGCAGGAACUGGCGACGAAAAUGUUGCAAAUUCAAAGCAAAAGAUUCUAUCUUGACGUAAAACAAAACAGGCGUGGGAGGUUUAUCAAAGUCGCUGAGAUUGGAGCAGAUGGAAGAAGAAGCCAAAUUUAUCUGGCACUUAGUACAGCGUCCGAAUUUCGGAAACAUUUAUCGACAUUUAGCGACUUUUACGCAUCUCUAGGUCCACCAAAUCCGGAAAACGUACCAGACGACGGAAAGCUCAAGUCAGAGAUGAUGGUGAAGGAUAAUAGGCGGUAUUACUUGGACCUCAAGGAGAAUUCUCGCGGCCGUUUCCUGCGGGUGAGUCACCCUGUGUCGCAGACGAUAACACGGGGAGGUCCCAGGACACAGAUUGCGAUACCAGCGCAAGGUAUGAUAGAAUUUCGCGACGCGUUAACGGAUCUUCUCGAAGAAUUCGGGACGGAUGACGGUGGCUUUAAAGGUGACUUGCCAGAAGGCCGUUAUAUGCGCGUGGAUAGCAAGAAUUUCUAUUUUGAUAUCGGUCAAAACAAUCGUGGCAUCUACAUGAGAAUUUCUGAGGUGAAAACAAACUUCAGGACAGCCAUCACUGUGCCGGAAAAGUCCUGGGCCCGUUUCCGUGAUAUCUUCGCAGAUUAUUGUGAAAAAAUGAAGGAAGGCGGUGCUGGGGGCAUUAGCAGCUCCACCGCCGGCGGUGGGAACGUAUUGUCCGAGGGGAAGGGUUCGAUGGUGGCACAGGUUGUGCGGCCAAAACCCAUCAAUGGCAAAACGGAGAAACGCCAAAGCGGCCAACAGCAGCAAUACGAGUUCCCGAAAAGACGAAGAUCCUUACCGCGUCAAACGAAAGCAUCCUUCGUCGAUCCUGUCAAAUCCAUUUCUACCACCGCUAGCACCACUGCCGUUGUACCCGCAUUCUUAUCCUGCUCCGUUGUGACUGGCAACGGCAAAGGCACAGUGUACGAGAAAAUGGAAUUUUAGGUAUUUGUGACAACAAGAGCUGAACCCUGUGGCGCAAUGAAUCGGCGAAUUUUCCAAUUUAUACCGUUUCACGCGUUGAUAAACUUAUCUUACUUUUAUGUUCCGGAAUUGUUCGCGGUUGCGUCGAUUGAAAUUUUACGUAGCGCGAGUUGUGUUUGUCCUUGUUAAUAAAACUAUCAUGCACGGUCGCACGGUU